AUGAAAUUUCUGUUGGGAGUUAUCGCCCUUGCCUCCGCUUCAGUAAAAGAGGAACUCACAGGGGAUGAAUUCAACGAUCUCAAGGACAAGAGUCCUCUUUUCGUGAAAUUUUACGCCCCAUGGUGUGGCCACUGCAAGAAUCUGGCGCCAACGUGGACUGAACUCGCCGAAGAGAUCAACCCCGACGCUGAGUGGGAGGCACAGAUCGUUUCUGUCGACUGCACACAGUACAAACAAGUUUGUGCUGACAACGGCGUCCAAGGAUACCCUACUCUCAAGCUCUUUUUCCCAGGCGAAGCUGAAGGAACCAAGUAUCAAGGAGCCCGAUCCAAGCAAGCGCUUUCCGACUGGCUCGAUGGUGAGCUCGCCAAACAAUUCGAUGAUGCCGUAGAUGUGGCAAAGGAUGCAGCAGCUACUGCUGCUCCAAAGAAGGGCGAAGUCGCCGCACUCACCGCCGCCACUUUCAAGAGCACUGUCGCCCCAGCUGAACAAGUCACUUUUGUCAAGUUCUUUGCUCCUUGGUGUGGCCACUGCAAAAAAAUGGCACAGACCUGGGUUGAUCUCGCUAAAGAUCAAGCCGCCGUCGAUAAUGUCGUUAUUGCUGAAGUCGAUUGCACUGUUGAGCAAAGUGUCUGCCAAGAAAACGGAGUCAAAGGCUACCCAACAUUGAAAGCCUUCAAGGGAGGCAAAGAAAUCGAGAAGUACGCAGGUGGCCGAGAUAUGGCCUCCUUCAAAGCCGCCCUAACUAAGUAUACCGGUGCUAAGGCUGCUCCUAAGGCCGAAGAACCAAAGGCCACCGCUUCUGGCUCUGGCUCUACUGAUCUUACAGCAGACAACUUCGCUUCCAGCAUCGGAAAUGGCAACUGGUUUGUCAAAUUUUACGCUCCUUGGUGCGGACACUGCAAGGCCAUGGCCCAGACCUGGGAGGAUCUUGCAAAUGCCCAGACAAACUCAAACCCCAAGGUGAACAUCGCCUCCGUCGAUUGUACCCAGCAUAACGAUAUUUGCAAAGAAAAUGGCGUCAAGGGUUUCCCAACUCUACUCUUUUUCCAGAAUGGCAAGAACCUCGGCAAGCACCAAGGUGGCCGAGACCAGAAAUCCCUCGAGUCCUCGAUCAAGUCCUUUAUCAACCCCAACGCUGCCAAGGAAGAAGAGAAGAAGGCAAGCGCCGGAUCUGGUGAAUUCGAUGCUGCUAUGGCUGGCAAGCAUACUUUCGUCAAGUUCUUUGCCCCAUGGUGCGGUCACUGCAAAGCUAUGGCCCCAGCUUGGAAAGAACUCCAGGGCGCCUUCGAAGGUUCAGCCACUACUCAGAUUCUCGACGUCGACUGCACAUCUGAUGAAGGCAAGCCCUUGUGCCAGGCUGCUGGAGUCCGCGGAUACCCAACUCUUCAAUACUUUGGCCCAAAGAUCGUCCUAGGCUCCGGCGAAAAAUACGCCGGCGGACGAGACCUCGCUUCCCUGAAAAAGUUCAUCGAAGGCAAGGCCACCGAGCACGACGAGUUGUAA